AUACGAGACGCAAUCCUGCAGCUUCAAUCUUUAAUAACCGUUUGACAAGAAUCUUCUGCAGGCUACGAGUAGUACUUGUUUGUGCCGAUAAAUAAAAAUACGGUACUGCUGUAUUAGGUCAGAUAUUCAGAUCCAAAGCCGGUGCGUACUCAAUCCCAAUAAUUUAAUGUCGGACCCUAUUUAAUCCCGGUCCGCUUCCAGUCUCCCUAUUUUUCUUUCUCCGCCCCACGGAACAUGUCCUAGUCCUCAAUCCAUGUUCACUUCUCAUUCUGCACUUCGUCCUUGAUCACUUCUCUCUCAGCCCAUUUGAUCCUCCCUGCAGCACCAUGCCUAGUCCUGCGCGCUCAGCAUGGGCUUUUAUCGUUGCUUUUCUUCUUGUAUUUGGAUGCCAAUGCGCGGAUAAGCAAAAACUUUUGGUCUUCCUCAUCGACGGUUUCCGCUAUGACUACAUGGCCGAUCUUCAAAACCUGCCUGGGUUUAAAGAAAUUGUGAACAACGGCGUCAAAGUAGAUUACAUGACUCCGGACUUCCCGAGUCUUUCCUAUCCCAACUAUUACACCCUUAUGACAGGUCGCCAUUGUGAUGUGCACCAAAUGACCGGGAAUUUUAUGUGGGAUCAGAACUCAUCUGAGGAAUUUCUGAUUGGAGCCAAUCCAGGCAGCCUCUUACCGAUGUGGUGGAAUGGCUCUGAACCCAUCUGGGUGACUUUGCAGAAACUAGGCAAGAAUGUCUACAUGUACCACUGGCCAGGUUGUGAAGUGAAGAUUCUUGGUGUAAAUCCUGCAUUCUGUGAGAAAUAUGUUGCCAGUCCUUCUUUGAAGAAUCUAAGUGAUGCUAUAGAGAAUGGUCUUAAUGUACUGAAGAAUGAUGUGGCAGAUAUGGCUGCUGUGUACUAUGAAAACAUCGAUGUGGAGGGCCACCACUUUGGGCCUGGGUCGGCGCAGGUGCGGACUGCUGUUCGAUCACUGGACAUGGCAUUCCAGACGUUAAACCAAAAGAUUAAGGAGAAAGGCUUGGAAGAUAAUUUGAACGUCAUCAUGUUUUCUGACCAUGGAAUGACUGAUAUCAACUGGAUGGAGAAGAUUAUAGAACUGGAUAACUACAUAAACAUGGCCAACGUCUUAAAGAUGAUGGACAGAGGCCCAGUUGUCAGUCUGUGGCCUAAACCAGGAAUGCUUGAAAAGAUAUAUACAGCAUUGAAGGCAGCAAAAAACAUGAACGUGUAUCAGACACCUGAUAUCCCGGAUCGCUAUAACUAUAAACGUGGAAAAUUUGUCUCACCCUUAACACUUGUUGCUGACCCUGGAUGGUUCAUCACUCAGAACAAAGAUACAUUGCCUUACUGGCAGAAUGAUACAGGAAAGCCUCAGGGCUGGCAGCAUGGUUGGCAUGGCUAUGACAAUGAGUUCCUGGACAUGAGGGGCUUUCUACUUGCUAAAGGGCCAGCCUUCAAGACAAAUUUCCAAGCAGGGCCUAUCAGAUCAGUGGAUGUGUAUAAUUUAAUGUGCAACAUGCUUUCCAUCACUCCACUUCCCAACAACGGCUCCUGGUCUCGAGUGGAAUUUAUGCUGAAGAAUUCUUCUGAUGCCAUACAGCCUGUGCUGCUUUACAGUACUGUGUUAGCACUGCUGUUAAUGCUACUGUCUGUUCGGAUUUAGAAACAACACACACGUCUACCUUCUGCAAGACUGCACUAGGGUGCAGUACACUCUGCAGUUCAAAAACAGUUGGAUACAUUAAUUAGAAAUCUUAGUUAAAACUGUACAAAUUGGGAAAUUGAAAUUUAUUUUUAGGUUGUUAAUUCAUGAUUCGACUCUUGGCACAGACAAUAAAGCAAAAUAAAGCUCAGGUA